UUUACCAUCUCUAGGUGGUGUUGAAUCAAUAAACGCGAGGAAUAAAAAUAUUUACAUUCUUCACAAGCUUGUCUACAGUUUCUGUAAUAUGGCCACCAAAAGAAAACAUCCUUCGUCAAACAAAGUCAAGGAUGACGACGUUAAAAAGCACACCCUUGACUCAGAUGAAGAGGAUUCCGACGACUAUGAGCGGGAAUAUCUAAAUGAUAGUGACAUUGAAGGAGGCGAGGAGGGCAUUGCGAAAGUUGAAGAUGAUGUGAAGGUAACCCCUUUCAACAUGAAGGAGGAACUGGAGGAAGGCCAUUUCGACAAGGAUGGGCAUUAUCAUUGGAACAAGGAAACCGAGGCCAAAGACAAUUGGUUGGACAAUAUUGAUUGGAUGAAGAUAGAAAACCAAAAGAACGCCUUCGAUCCAGCUAAAGACAACCAGGAUUCUAAUUCCUCUGAUGAUGCGAUUGUACCUGCGGAAAAUGCCUUUAACUUGUCAAAGAAUUUGACAAAAAUGUUGGAGUUUAUGAAAGCAGGAGAAACUGUAAAGAUGACACUACAACGUCUAGGAAGCCAGCGACCAGUUUUAACAACUUUGCAAAGAAUCAAGCAGAAGAAAGCUGGCGUUGUGGAUACCAAGACACAAGAAAUAUCUAAGCUAACUGAACUGGCAAACGAGAUACUCUCAAAGACCGGUAACAUGGACAUUUAUGAAGAGACCUUUGAAGCCAUUAAGGCAAAAAUAGCUGAUCUUCCUGGUACAAGCCAACCAAAAGCUGCCGAUGAUAUUGACAUGUAUGCUGAUGACUUUGAAUCAAAAGAGUUGGAGCGAUCCAAAGGCUCCACCACUACAGCUACGCAAGCAAUAUCAGCUCCUACGGAGGUAACAUGGGAGUUUAAAUGGUCACAGAAUGAGGAAGAAGUUCAAGGUCCCUAUAGCACCGAGAAAAUGCUGAAGUGGUCCAAGGGAGAUUAUUUUAAAAACGGAGUUUACGUCCGGAAAUGUGGCGAAAAUACAAACUUCUAUUCUAGUAACCGAAUAGAUUUUGAUUUGUAUUUGUAGAGCUCAACAUAAAAUUGAAACAUUUACUUUAGGCCCUCUGUACUAAAAAUAAAGAUUGAAAUAUAUUA